UCGUUAAAUUUAAGAAAUACUAAAAUCCCCGAGGGUAUUUCAUCACACUUUCGAUCUGUAAAACCCUAAACGAUUACUAAAACCUCAGUCAAGCAAGCCCCCAAAUAAAAAAACCUAAUAAAAAUGUCUUCCAUUAUUCUUCGAUCUCGAAUAAUUUCAAGUAAUUGUAGUUCAAAGAUCAUUAAUGGAAGGGUUUUAAGUUUAAGAGUGGUUUCUUCUUCUUCUUCUUCUUCUUCAAAUCCUCCUAAAGAAACGAUCAUUCCUUCACAAUCUAUUCUCUCUGAUCAAUCUUCGCCGCCUCCUCCUCCGCCUGCGCCAGAAGCUGUCCCACAGGCUUCGGGAAGGAAAGCUUGGAGCUUUCUCAAGUACGGACUCAUCGCAUCUGUUACUGGAACUGUUGGCUAUGCUGGUUAUCUCUCUUAUAAGUGUUCAUAUGAGGAGGUAGAUGAGAAGGCAAAGGCAUUGCGGGCUGCUGCGGCUAAUUAUACUCGUAGUGAAGAUGCAUCUGCCAUUGAUAAAUAUCAAGGCUUGCUUUACUCUGCUGCAAUGACGGUUCCAGCUAAAGCACUUGAAUCGUAUCUGAAUCUCAGGAGGUUUGUGGAAGAACAUGUGCUGGAAUUUACGGAACCAACCUCAGAUAAGCUUCUUCCUGAUUUGCAUCCUCAAGAGCAGCAUGUUUUCACACUUGUCCUAGAUCUGAAUGAGACAUUACUUUAUACAGAUUGGAAGCGAGAGAGAGGCUGGCGUACCUUCAAAAGACCUGGAGUAGAUGCCUUUUUGGAACAUCUGGCAAAGUUUUAUGAAAUUAUUGUGUAUUCUGACCAGAUGAAUAUGUAUGUUGACCCUGUUUGCGAAAGGUUGGAUCCUAACCAUUAUGUACGAUUCAGGCUAUCAAGGGGUGCUACUAAAUAUCAGAAUGGCAAGCAUUAUAGAGAUCUUUCAAAGCUUAACCGGGAUCCAGCCAAGAUUUUGUAUGUGAGUGCUCAUGCAUUUGAAUCUAGCCUUCAACCAGAAAAUUGUGUCCCUAUUAAGCCGUAUAAGCUUGAGACAGAUGAUACAGCCCUUUUGGAUCUUAUUCCAUUUCUUGAAUAUGUUGCCCGCAAUAGUCCAGCUGAUAUCAGACAGGUAUUACAAUCUUAUGAAAGAAAGGAUAUUGCGAAAGAGUUUCUCGAGCGUUCCAAAGAGUAUCAGAGGCGAAUGCAAGAACAGAGGCAGCAAGGUCGAUUCUGGCGGCGCUGAGUACAGAGUUAUGUAUAGUUGAUGGAAUCAGAAGAAUGUGAAAGACAGUAUUGUUGAAGUUUGCAGUCUCCAUUUUUCCCAGUAGGAAAGCCAUUUUCUGAUAAUUUAAAUGUCUGACAAAUAAACUUAUAGUUCUUUCCUUUUGCUGAGAUGUAGGCAAGCUUCCAAUAUCUUAGAUGGUUGAUGAAAUCAAAAUUUUGACUACAGCUGAUGUUAAGGUUAUUCAUUCUUGCAAUAUUCAGUCAUUUUUCCACAACAAUAGUCUUAGUCUACCUUGAACCUGAAGUGAUUGACAUGUUUAGCUCGAUGUAAUCCAUGUCUCAUGGUUUGGUCGGUCAACACGUCUUUGUCCUAACCAACGACUUUGACGUGUGAACUUCAGAGUUCACAACUUGGGUGUGAAUCGUGGAAGUGGCUUUGCCGUCAAGACCCAACGUGACGGCAAAGCCAAUCCGAAAGUGGAUCCCACUUGGGGUUUUUUUUUUCCAAUAAUUCCUAAAUAAAGAUUCCAUUGCUAAGGCUUCCAUUUCAGAUAUCUACUUUUCCAUAACAUUAAUAAAUUUUAAUGAGCAUUGUUUUAUUUACUUGGCAUUAUUCAUUUUUUGUGGUAGAUAUGGUUAUUAAUUUUUAACUCCUUACAUCAUAUAUUGUCUAUGUUUUGUUGGUGUUAUUCAAAUAUAUUAACA